AUGGCUGCUGUGCCGCAGAGGACUCUUAACUGGUUAUACAGUGUAUUGAUUCGGGAUCAUUACGAUUCCCGACAGACCUAUCAGGACCCCAAUCGCACCUACUAUGAUGUGGCCUCCGUGCUUGCUCAGUAUACUUCCCUGUCUCCACGAACCGAAGUCUACACAUACGAAAAUGGUUUCUCGGCCCUCCUCCUGCAGCUCACUGGCACGGUCCCCGUCACAUUUCGCGGCACGGUGUACAAGUUUCCCAUAUCAUUAUGGGUUCCCAAUACUUACCCUCGAGAGCCGCCGAUUGUUUAUGUGACCCCAACCCAGGAUAUGGCUGUUCGAGUUGGCCAACAUGUGACGUUGGAGGGAAGAGUGUAUCAUCAUUACUUGGCACACUGGGCAGAGGCCUGGGAGAGAUCAACUCUCGUCGAUCUCGUAUCUAUACUCCGUGAGGUUUUUGCAAAGGAGCCACCGGUCCGAUACAAGCAACAAGAGCUACCGCUACGCCCACAACAACAACCCGAGCCAACUCAAACACCACCUCCUCUACCUCCACUCCCAGCAGAACUCGGAUUAUCCGUGUCUCGCUCACCACUGAACCAGAAUGUGCCUUCGCCAGCGACGGCAACUCAAGUGCCACCUCCCCCGCCUCCCAAACCUGGACAAGCCGCCUCCGCUGAACAACAGCAACCGAUUCCAGCAGCGCAGCAUAACUCUUCGUCACCUCUUCCUCCGCUGCCGCCAAAGGAACAGGAUCCUCGGUGGCCACCUCGACGCCAUGCGAGUACUAGCACCCCUACAGGUCGGCCAUCACAGUAUCCACCAGAACAAGGUGGCAUCAUGGAAGGCCCAACCCCGACGCAUCGGCAUCCUCAGCGGCAGCACGCCAUGCCACACCCCAUGCCAGCCUAUGCACAAGGCCCCCUAUCUUCCCAAGCUGACAACCGAGCACCGCCUGGCGCAAUGCCGCAGCAGUUCCCCCGUGGGCCUCAGCAACAGCCACCCUAUGGCAUCCCUCAGCAAGUUUCUCCGCAUCGCCCGACACACCACCAAGCAAAUGGAGGAUACCAGCAGAUGCCACCGCCGCAAACGCCUCAACAGGCACCUCAUCACGUUUUGCAGCAACCAUCUUCAGCGAACCAACCGGCGACGAAGCCCAGGGCCGAAACCCCUGACCUUCUGACUUCCCCUUUUGAGGUUGAGCUUCCAUCAUUCGCCUCCGGACCUGCGCCACCAAUUCCCCCCAAUCCAGAAAAGGAUGCACUGUUACACACUGUGUCGAAGGCAUUGGCCGAGACACUGCAGACGAAUGUGUCGCAAACCGAAUCCGCGGCACGAUCUCUACUGUCACAGUCGGACUCUUUGCACGCAGCGAUCGCCACCUUACAAGGCGAGAUCUCAUCGUUAAAUACCCUCAAUUCAAGCCUCCAGUCCAACACCUCCAUCCUGCAACAGUCCCUGCAUCGCGCCGAUGCCGUCAUUGCCGAUGCGCAAAGUCGCAUAUCGUCAUCUGCUGCACAGUCGAGCUCGGAUCCAGUGCCCUCCGGUCUUCCUCCGAUUGACGAGGUCCUCGUCGCCCCAACCGUUGUGGGCAAGCAACUCUACGACUUGGUCGCAGAGGAACGCGGUAUCCAGCAGGCCAUCUACGCCCUACAAACCGCUCAUGUCAAAGGUGUUAUCGGGGUAGAAACAUGGUCCCGGCACACGCGCGGGUUGGCGCGCGAGGCCUUCUUGAAGCGAGCUCUUAUACGAAAAAUCGGGAAGGGCAUGGGUCUUGAGGAAUACCAAAUCUAA